GCGGCGCCGCGCGCGACUCGCGUUGGCGCCAAGCGCGCGGGGAGUGUAGCGGCUCCGUGAGUCCGUGUGCCUCCGAUCGUCCGUCCGCCCGCUGCAUCAUGGACAUCCGGAGGUUCUUUGCGCCCAGUAAGCCGGUGGUGCAGAAACCUGCCCAGAACGGAGGCGUCAGAAGCGUUGAGGACCAGAAGAGGAAUAAAGCGAAGCCUGGCUCAAAGACUAAAAGCCCUGAAACAGUGGAGAAGUCAUCAGUGAAACGAAAGAAACGUGCGGUCCUGCACUCCGACUCAGAAGAGGAAGAGGUGGAGAAGAAACCCAAGAAAUCCCCCCAGGAAACUCAGAAGCCCGCCAAGGGUGCACCCCCCCCGAAGAAACACCCGGUUCAGUACGUCUCAGAAACCGAUUCAGACAGUGACACUUUCGUGUCCCUGAAGAAACCGACUAAAUCUGACGACAAUGGGCUGUCCAAGUCGGCCGCAGCAGGUCCGGAUAAGAAGGCGACCUCUGCCGUCAGCUCCCCCCCAAAACCGUCUUGCAGGAAGGGCAAGGUCAAAUCGCCCCCUACCCCAGCCACCCCCAAAGCAGCCGCCUCCCUUCCCAAGCAGACCCACACCUCUGUACUGGACUUUUUUGGCAGCAGCAGCAUCCAGAGGUCGGAUAAAAAGUUAGUGGCCAGCACCAAGCGGAAAGCUGCCACACAGGAUAUGGAUGACUCCCAGAGUGAUGAGGCCAUCGCCAGACAGCUGCAGAUGGAUGAAGAUCUGGAGAAACAGCUGCACGAUGAUGAAGAGUUUGCAAGGACGUUGGCCAUGUUGGAUGAGGCCCCUCAGCCCAAAAAGGCUCGCAGAGAAUCUGGUUCACCCAGCAAGAGCAGCACGGGCCCGGCCCAACUCAGCAUCAAGAUUUCUCCAGUCUCUGGUUCCCAGUCCCGUGCCAACAGCAAGGCCGGUGCCAAGGGUCCGUCCUCAAAGAAGAGCCCCGUCAAGACGAGCUCCAAGCUGGCCAGCAUGAAAAGGAAGGAAGAAGAAAAUGCCAGAAAGAAGCAUGAGGGGGCUACCAAGAUGGUCAUUUCGCCAAAGAAGGAGCCCCCAAGAACAUCCACUUCAGAGACACAGAAUGUUGCCAAAUCGGGAAUGCCCUCGACCGCCAAGAGCGAGCCCGUGACCACGCCCGUCAGCAAGAAGAUCUCCCCUAAGAAGGCAGAGAGUGUCAGCCCAGAAGACGCAGAGAAGAAGCGCGUAAAUUCGUCAGCAUACCGGAACUACCUGAACAGAGAAGGCCCUCGUGCCCUGGGCUCCAAAGAGAUCCCUCAGGGUGCAGAGAACUGUCUGGAGGGCCUGACCUUCGUGGUGACGGGCGUGAUGGAGUCCAUGGAGAGAGAUGACGCAAAGUCCCUCAUCGAGCGCUAUGGCGGCAAGGUCACGGGCAACGUCAGCCGCAAGACGAGCUACCUGGUGCUGGGCAGAGACAGUGGGGCCUCCAAGACGGAGAAGGCUGAAAGUUUUGGCACAAAGAUCAUAAAUGAAGAUGGUUUGCUGGAUCUCAUACGGACCAAACCGGGCAAGAAGUCUAAGUAUGAGAUUGCUGCUGAGGUUGAGAACAAGAAGACCCCUGAGCCCUCCAGGACGAGAAGGACCCCACAGAAGACCAGUCCCAGAAAGCAAACCCCAGCCAAGAAGACGCCAUCUUCUAGGAAGUCACCCAGGGGCAAGGCAGCCACACCUAAACAAGAGCCUUCGUCAAGUGGCAGCCUUGGGGCCGGUGCCAGAGAGGCCAGGAAGGGCCUGUCCUUCGAUACGGCGGAGCGGCACGGUGCCUCAACCACGACAGCAGCACCGGUGCCAGAUACCGAAGGGUCCAGUCUUCUGUGGGUGGACAAGUACAGGCCACACACCUUGAAAGGCCUCAUCGGGCAACAGGGUGAACAAAGCUGUGCCAACAAGCUGCUGCGCUGGCUCCAGAACUGGCACACUGGCAACACAAAGCCUGCUGCGGCCCGGUUCGGCAAGUUCGGGGGAAAGGACGAUGGCUCCGGGUUCAAGGCAGCGCUGCUCUCGGGACCCCCUGGGGUGGGAAAGACCACUACGGCCGCCCUGGUCUGUGAGGAACUUGGCUACAGCUAUGUGGAGAUGAACGCUAGCUGUACCCGGAGCAAGAACAACCUGAAGGAGGUCGUUGCUGAGUCCCUCAACAACACUAGUAUCAAGAGCUUCUACUCAGGUGCCUCUCAGACUGUGAGCAGCAAGCAUGUGCUCAUCAUGGACGAGGUGGACGGCAUGGCAGGCAACGAGGACAGGGGCGGUAUCCAGGAGAUGAUUAGCCUGAUAAAGCAGUCAAAGAUCCCCAUCAUCUGCAUGUGUAAUGACAGGAACCACCAGAAGAUCCGCUCCCUGGCCAACUACUGCUUCGACCUGCGCUUCCAGAGACCCCGUCUAGAGCAGAUCAAGGGAGCCAUGAUGUCCAUCGCCUACAAGGAAGGCCUCAAGGUCCCAGCACCAGCUCUCAAUGAGCUCAUCUUGGCGUCCAACCAAGACAUCAGACAGAUUCUCCACAACCUGAGUAUGUGGUCGGCCAAAGACAAAGUCAUGACCUAUGAUCAGGUCAAAGCCGACGCAAAGAAUGCCAGGAAGGACAUGAAGCUGGGCCCGUUUGAUGUCUGUCGGAAGGUCUUCUCUGCUGGAAACGAGACUGCUCAAAUGUCCCUGAUGGACAAAUCCGACCUUUUCUUCCACGAUUACUCAUUAGCGCCCCUGUUUGUCCAGGAGAACUACCUGCACGUCCGUCCGGCCGCAGCAGGCAGUAACCUGAAGUGUCAUCUGGUGCUCUUGAGCAAAACCGCAGACAGCAUCUGUGAUGGAGAUCUGGUGGAUCGGCAGAUCCGAUCCCGUCAGACCUGGUCUCUGCUGCCCACGCAGGCCAUCUACGCCAGCGUGCUUCCAGGGGAGCUGAUGAGGGGCUACAUGAGCCAAUUCCCCACCUUCCCCAGCUGGCUGGGCAAGUUCUCCUCCACGGGCAAACACAACCGCACCAUCCAGGAGCUGGCAUCACACAUGAGUCUCAGGGCGCAUGUCAGUAAGCAAGCCAUCAACCUGGAUUACUUGCCCUACCUGCGCUCUGCCCUGCUGGAGCCCUUGCAGAGGUACGGAGCGGACGGCGCCACCAAGGCCGUGCAGCUCAUGAACGACUACGACAUCAUCAAGGAAGACAUGGACAGCAUCAUGGAAAUCAGUACCUGGGGCGGGCAGCCAGACCCCUACUCCAAACUGGACCCUAAGGUGAAAGCGGCCUUCACCCGAGCGUACAACAAGGAGUCCCACCUGACCCCGUACGCCCUGCAGGCGGUGAAGAAGGGCCGGCGCGGAGCCGUGGACGCCGAGUUGGGAGAGGGGGGGCUGGAGCAGGAGUCGCAGGAGCUGGCUGCGGAGGAGGACGAGGACGUGGCCGCUGAUGCCAUGGUUAAGCAGAAGAAAAUGAAGGCAAGUAAGGAAACGACAAAGCAGCAGAAGGCAGGGGAUUCUGGGAAGGGCAAGGGGAAGGGAAAGGGCAAGGGCCAAGGCAAGGGCAAGAAGUGAGUACGGGAGCCCGAGGGAGCCAAAAAGCUGCAGUGUGCAUAGCUGGACUGUUACACCAUGGUGGGGCUGGAUAGCGGCAGGGGGUGUGCUGUCCCUCCACCCUGGGCCGCCUGGCCUGAAACUGUACAAAUAUCCUAUACAGAUAUAUGCACUUGGGUGUCUCACCGGUCAGAGCUACGUACUGCCAUUAUGCUGCAAACGGGAAGUCGGUGGUAAUGGACGAUGCAUAGCUGUGCCCGACUGUAGCAGUCUGUCCUGGGAGGAACAUGGCUGCGUUUGUUUUUCCUCCAGCAGUAAAUAGCCGGUAGGGUAUCCAUUGCCCUCCAUUAUCCUGUAUAUAUGUGUAGUGUAUCAUUUGUUUAGUAGUAAUCUUCACAGAUGUGCUGGCAUCUGAUUUAGUGAAUAUUUUUCAAGGCAGUAAUUUUGCAUUCCUGAACUCCCAGACUUUGUGUCUGUCAUUUUCUUACACUUGACUUUUUAUAUAUUGAGAAGUGCUACUGGAAAUAAAGAAUGAAUAAGC